UGACAGCGGGUUGUCAGCCUGUAUCACACCCGGUUGCACAGAGACGUUCCUCGGUUCUUUGUUCACCUUCAUACACCUUCUGGUCACCGUCCACCUCUCCACGGAAUGUCCGACGGCGGAGGGACGGAGGAGGGCAGCGGCACCAUGGAGGUGUCGGCCGUUCAAACGGUGGCGGACACCUCGGUGCUGCAGAAACACAUUCGGAAGCUGGUGCCGUUGCUGCUGGAAGAUGGCGGCGAGGCCCCGGCCUCUCUGGAAACCGCCCUGGAGGAGAAGAGCUCCGUGGAGCAGAUGAAAAAAUUUCUAUCCGACCCCCAGAUUCACACCGUGCUGGUGGAGAGAAGUGCCCUGAAAGAGGAUGUUGGAGAUGAAGGCGAAGAGGAGAAAGAGUGCAUCAGCUACAACAUCAGCAUCGACAUCCGCUACGGCAUCAAGUCUAACAGCUUGGCUCUGAUCAAGAGGACGGGUGUCAUUGACGCAGACAAGCCCAUAUCCACUCAGGUUCGGGUGCUGACCCUGAGCGAGGAUUCCCCCUACGAGACUCUUCACUCUUUCAUCAGCAAUGCUGUUGCUCCUUUCUUCAAGUCCUACAUCCGGGAGUCUGGCAAAGCCGACAGAGACGGGGAUAAGAUGGCUCCCUCUGUGGAGAAAAAGAUUGCAGAGCUGGAGAUGGGUCUUCUCCACCUGCAGCAGAACAUUGAGAUUCCUGAGAUCAGCCUGCUCAUCCACCCCAUCAUCGUAAACGUUGCCAAGCAGUGCUACGAGCAUGGGGAGAAGCCAAAGGUCACCGACUUUGGAGAUAAAGUGGAAGAUCCCACCUUCCUGAAUCAGCUGCAGUCCGGAGUGAACCGUUGGAUCAGAGAAAUCCAGAAAGUGACGAAGCUGGACCGGGAUCCAGCCUCAGGCACGGCCCUGCAGGAGAUCAGCUUCUGGCUGAACCUGGAGAGAGCUCUGAACCGGAUCCAGGAGAAGAGGGAGAGCCCCGAGGUUCUGCUGACUCUGGACAUCCUCAAACACGGCAAACGUUUCCAUGCCACCGUCAGCUUUGAUACAGACACUGGUCUGAAGCAGGCAGUGGAAACUGUGAACGACUACAAUCCUCUGAUGAAAGACUUCCCUCUCAACGACCUGCUCUCCGCCUCAGAGCUGGAUAAGAUCCGCCAGGCUCUCAUCGCCAUCUUCACUCACCUGAAAAAGAUCAGGAACACCAAGUACCCCAUCCAGAGAGCGCUGCGUCUGGUGGAGGCCAUCUCCAGGGACCUGAGCUCCCAGCUCCUCAAAGUUUUGGGAACCAGAAAGCUCAUGCAUGUUGCUUACGAGGAGUUUGAGAAGGUGAUGGUGGCUUGCUUUGAGGUGUUCCAGACCUGGGAGGAUGAGUACGAGAAGUUGCAGGUGCUUCUGAGGGACAUUGUGAAAAGGAAGCGGGAGGAGAACCUGAAGAUGGUGUGGCGCCUGAGCCCCGCCCACAGGAAGCUCCAGUCUAGACUGGACCACAUGAGACGCUUCAGGAGGCAGCAUGAGCAGCUGAGGGCCGUCAUUGUCCGGGUGCUGCGUCCACAGGUUUCUGCCGUGCAGCAGCACGCUCCUGGAGAAACGGUUGAGCCUGAAGACAUGAAAGUAGCUGGAGUCCUCUUUGAUGCAGCUGAUGCCAACGCUAUCGAAGAGGUCAACUUGGCGUAUGAGAACGUCAAAGAGGUUGACGGCCUGGACGUGUCCAAAGAAGGGAUGGAGGCCUGGGAGGCGGCCAUGAAGCGCUACGACGAGCGCAUCGACCGCGUGGAGACCCGCAUCACCGCCCGCCUGCGCGACCAGCUGGGAACCGCCAAGAACGCCAACGAGAUGUUCCGCAUCUUCUCCCGCUUCAACGCGCUCUUCGUGCGCCCCCACAUCCGCGGCGCCAUCCGGGAGUACCAGACGCAGCUCAUCCAGCGCGUGAAGGACGACAUCGAGUCACUGCACGACAAGUUCAAAGUCCAGUACCCCCAGAGCCAGGCCUGCAAGAUGAGCCACGUCCGCGACCUGCCGCCCGUGUCCGGCUCCAUCAUCUGGGCCAAGCAGAUCGAUCGGCAGCUGACGGCGUACAUGAAGAGGGUGGAGGACGUUCUGGGAAAAGGCUGGGAGAACCACGUGGAGGGGCUGAAGCUGAAGCAGGAUGGAGAUAGCUUCAGGGCUAAGCUCAACACCCAGGAGAUAUUUGACGACUGGGCUCGCAAGGUGCAGCAGCGUAACCUGGGCGUGUCUGGACGGAUCUUCACCAUUGAGAGCACUCGAGCUCGUGGAAGGACCGGAAACAUGCUGAAGCUUAAAGUCAACUUCCUCCCAGAGAUCAUCACCUUAUCCAAGGAGGUCCGCAACCUGAAGUGGCUCAGCUUCCGGGUUCCUCUGGCCAUCGUCAACAAGGCCCACCAGGCCAACCAGCUCUAUCCCUUCGCAAUCUCUUUGAUCGAGAGCGUGCGCACCUACGAGCGCACCUGUGAGAAGGUGGAGGAGCGGUCCUCCAUCUCGCUGCUGGUGGCCGGCCUGAAGAAGGAGGUGCAGGCCCUCAUCACUGAGGGCAUCACGCUGGUCUGGGAGUCCUACAAGCUGGAUCCGUACGUCCAGAGACUGGCUGAGACAGUCUUCAACUUCCAGGAGAAGGUUGAUGACCUGCUGCUGAUUGAAGAGAAGAUCGAUCUGGAGGUCCGCUCUCUGGAGACCUGCAUGUUCGACCACAGGACGUUCUCCGACAUCCUGAACCGGGUUCAGAAAGCUGUGGAUGACCUCAACUUGCACUCCUACUCCAACCUACCCAUCUGGGUCAACAAGCUGGACAUUGAGAUUGAGCGCAUCCUUGGCGUGCGACUCCAGGCCGGUCUGAAGGCCUGGACCCAGGUGCUCCAUGGACAGGUGGAGGACAAAGCUGACGUGGACAUGGACACAGAGGCGCCUCAGGCCGGACAUAAACCCGGAGGAGAUCCCAAAAUAAAGAAUAUUGUCCAUGAGCUGAGGAUCACCAACCAGGUGAUCUAUCUGAAUCCACCGAUCGAAGACUGCCGCUACAAGCUCUAUCAGGAGAUGUUUGCCUGGAAGACCAUCAUCCUUUCCCUGCCCAGGAUCCAGAGCCAAAGAUACCAGGUGGGGGUCCACUACGAGCUCUCAGAGGAGGAGAAGUUCUACCGUAACGCCCUCACCAGGAUGCCAGAUGGUCCUGCAGCCCUGGAGGAGGCCUACAACGCGGUGGAGGACAUAGUUGGAGAAGUGGAGCAGUAUGUAAAGGUGUGGCUGCAGUACCAGUGCCUGUGGGACAUGCAGGCUGAAAACAUCUACAACCGUCUGGGUGAAGACCUAACCAAGUGGCAGGCCCUCCUGGUCCAGAUCCGUAAAGCGCGUGGAACCUUCGACAACGCAGAGACUCGAAAAGAUUUUGGACCAGUGAUCAUUGACUAUGGCAAGGUUCAGUCUAAGGUCAACUUAAAAUACGACUCCUGGCAUAAAGAAGUCCUCAGCAAGUUCGGUCAGAUGCUCGGCCAGAACAUGCAGGAUUUCCAUUCCCAGAUCUCCAAGUCUCGUCAAGAUCUUGAGCAGCAUUCUGUGGACACGGCAAGCACCUCAGAUGCCGUCAACUUCAUCACGUAUGUCCAGACCCUGAAACGUAAGAUCAAGCAGUUUGAGAAGAAUGUGGAGCUGUUCCGAAACGGACAGCGACUGCUGGAGAAGCAGCGCUUCCAGUUCCCUCCAUCUUGGCUCUACAUCGACAACAUCGAAGGUGAAUGGGGUGCGUUCAGUGACAUCAUGAAGCGCAAAGACACAGCUAUCCAGCAGCAGGUGGCCAACCUUCAGAUGAAGAUAGUCCAGGAGGACAAAGCCGUGGAGAACCGCACCACGGACCUCCUGAACGACUGGGAGAAGACCAAACCUGUUGCAGGGAAUCUGCGUCCUGAAGAAGCCCUUCAGUCUCUGACCAUCUAUGAAGGCAACUUCGGCCGCCUGAAGGUGGAGAGGGAGAAGUGCGCUCGUGCCAAAGAGGCGCUGGAGCUCACCGAUACCGGACUGCUCAGCGGCAGCGAGGAGAGAGUACAGGUGGCACUGGAGGAGCUGCAUGACCUGAAGGAGGUGUGGUCUGAGCUGUCGAAGGUGUGGGAGCAGAUCGACCAGAUGAAGGAGCAGCCGUGGGUUUCUGUGCAGCCUCGCAAGCUUCGCCAGAGUCUGGAUGCUCUCCUGAACCAGCUGAAGAACUUCCAGGCCCGACUGAGACAGUACGCGUCUUAUGAGUUUGUCCAGAGGCUACUGAAGGGAUACCUGAAGGUCAACAUGUUGGUGAUCGAGCUGAAGUCAGAGGCGCUGAAGGAUCGCCACUGGAAGCAGCUGAUGAAGCGGCUGCAUGUGAACUGGGUGCUUUCGGAGCUGACACUGGGGCAGAUCUGGGACGUGGAUCUGCAGAAGAACGAGAUGGUGGUGAAGGACGUCCUGCUGGUGGCUCAGGGAGAAAUGGCGCUGGAGGAGUUCCUGAAGCAGAUUCGUGAGGUGUGGAACUCUUAUGAACUGGACCUGGUGAACUACCAGAACAAGUGCCGCCUGAUCCGAGGGUGGGACGAUCUGUUCAACAAAGUCAAGGAGCACAUCAACAGCGUGUCGGCCAUGAAGCUGUCUCCUUACUACAAGGUGUUUGAGGAAGACGCUCUGAGCUGGGAGGACAAGCUGAACCGCAUCAUGGCUCUGUUUGACGUUUGGAUCGACGUCCAGAGGCGCUGGGUUUAUCUGGAAGGCAUCUUCACCGGCAGCGCUGACAUCAAGCAUCUGCUUCCUGUAGAAACGCAGAGAUUCCAGAGCAUCAGCACAGAGUUCCUGGCCCUCAUGAAGAAGGUGACCAAGUCUCCGCUGGUGAUGGACGUCCUGAACAUCCAGGGAGUCCAGAGGUCCCUGGAGCGACUGGCCGACCUGCUGGGAAAGAUCCAGAAAGCUCUGGGAGAAUACCUGGAGAGGGAGAGAUCUUCCUUCCCAAGGUUCUACUUUGUGGGAGACGAGGACCUGCUGGAGAUCAUCGGCAACAGCAAGAACGUGGCCAAGCUCCAGAAACACUUCAAGAAGAUGUUUGCCGGCGUGUCGAGCAUCCUGCUGAACGAAGACAACACCGAGGUUCUGGGGAUCUCGUCCCGGGAGGGAGAAGAGAUUCUGUACAAGACGCCCGUCUCCAUCACAGAUCACCCCAAGAUCAACGAGUGGCUGACGCUGGUGGAGAAGGAGAUGAGGGUGACGCUGGCCAAGCUGCUCGCCGAGUCCGUCACCGAGGUCACGGCCUUCAACAAGGGCACCGCCAUCGACCUCACGCAGUACAUCAACUGGAUCGAUCGCUACCAGGCCCAGCUGGUGGUCCUGUCCGCCCAGAUCGCCUGGUCUGAGAACAUCGAGUCGGCCUUGACAUCCAUUUCUGGAGGCGGCGACAUGUCGCCCAUGCAGGGAGUGCAGUCGAACGUCGAGGCCACCCUGAACGUCCUGGCCGACACGGUGCUGAUGGAGCAGCCUCCUCUCCGCAGGAGGAAGUUGGAGCAUCUGAUCACAGAGUUGGUGCACCAGCGCGACGUCACAAGGACGCUGAUCAAGAACAAAAUAGACAACCCCAAGUCCUUCGAGUGGCUCUGCCAGAUGCGCUUCUACUUCGACCCCAAGCAGACGGACGUCCUGCAGCAGCUGUCCAUCCAGAUGGCCAACGCCAAGUUCAACUACGGCUUUGAGUAUCUGGGUGUUCAGGACAAACUGGUCCAGACCCCUCUGACAGACCGCUGCUACCUCACCAUGACCCAGGCUCUGGAGGCCCGUUUGGGCGGAUCACCUUUCGGACCUGCUGGAACCGGAAAGACGGAGUCUGUGAAAGCUCUGGGUCACCAGCUGGGACGUUUUGUCCUGGUCUUCAACUGUGAUGAAACCUUCGACUUCCAGGCCAUGGGUCGAAUCUUCGUGGGUCUGUGCCAGGUGGGAGCCUGGGGCUGCUUCGACGAGUUCAACCGUCUGGAGGAGAGAAUGCUGUCGGCCGUCUCCCAGCAGGUUCAGUACAUCCAGGUGGCGCUGAGGGAGCAUAGCAACCCCAACAGAGACAGGAGUGUGCCCGUUACCACGGAGCUCCUGAACAAGCAGGUGAAGGUGAGCCCCGACAUGGCCAUCUUCAUCACCAUGAAUCCAGGCUACGCCGGCCGCUCCAACCUGCCCGACAACCUGAAGAAGCUUUUCCGCAGCCUGGCCAUGACCAAGCCCGACCGGCAGCUCAUUGCUCAGGUCAUGCUCUACUCCCAGGGCUUCCGGACCGCCGAGAUCCUCGCCAAGAAAAUCGUACCCUUCUUCAAGCUCUGUGACGAGCAGCUGUCGUCUCAGAGCCAUUAUGACUUCGGUCUCCGCGCUCUGAAGAGCGUGCUGAUCAGCGCCGGCAACGUCAAGCGCGAGCGGAUCCAGAAGAUCAAGAGGGAGAAGCAGGAGCGCGGGGAGGACGUCGACGAGAACGAAAUAGCCGAGAACCUUCCAGAACAAGAGAUCCUGAUCCAGAGCGUGUGUGAGACAAUGGUGCCCAAGCUGGUGGCGGAGGACAUCCCUCUGCUCUUCAGCCUGCUGUCGGACGUCUUCCCUGGAGUCCAGUACCAGCGAGGAGAGAUGACGGCGCUGAGGGAGGAGCUGAAGAAGGUCUGCAGUGAGAUGUACCUCACCUACGGAGACGGUGACGAUGUGGGCAGCAUGUGGGUGGAGAAGGUGCUCCAGCUGUACCAGAUCACCCAGAUUAACCACGGCCUGAUGAUGGUGGGUCCUUCUGGAAGUGGGAAGACCAUGGCGUGGCGGGUCCUCCUCAAAGCCCUGGAGCGGCUGGAGGGGGUGGAGGGCGUGGCCCACAUCAUCGACCCCAAGGCCAUCAGCAAGGACCACCUGUACGGAACUCUGGACCCAAACACCCGCGAAUGGACCGACGGCUUGUUCACACACAUCCUCAGGAAGAUCAUCGACAACGUCCGAGGCGAGCUGCAGAAGCGCCAGUGGAUCAUUUUCGAUGGUGACGUCGACCCAGAGUGGGUGGAGAACCUGAACUCUGUGCUGGACGACAACAAGCUGCUCACUCUGCCAAACGGAGAACGUCUGAGCUUACCACCAAACGUGCGUGUGAUGUUCGAGGUGCAGGACCUGAAGUACGCCACCCUGGCCACCGUGUCUCGCUGCGGCAUGGUCUGGUUCAGCGAAGACGUGCUCAGCACCGACAUGAUUUUCAACAACUUCCUGGCUCGCAUUCGCAGCAUCCCGCUGGACGAGGGCGAGGACGAAGCUCAGCGCAAGAGGAAGGGCACUGAGGAUGAGGAGGAGGCUUCUUCCCCCAUGCUGCAGAUCCAGAGGGACGCCGCAGCGAUCCUGCAGCCGUACUUCACCUCUACCGGCCUGGUGAUCAAAGCCUUGGAGCACGCCUCCAAAAUGGAGCACAUCAUGGACUUCACGCGCCUGCGCUGCAUGGGUGCGCUGUUCUCCAUGCUGCACCAAGCCUGCCGGAACGUGGCCCAGUACAACAACAACCACCCCGACUUCCCCAUGCCCAUCGACCAGCUGGAGAGAUACAUGCAGAGGUAUUUGAUCUAUGCCGUCCUCUGGUCCUUCUCUGGUGAUGGCCGUCUGAAAAUGAGGGCGGAGCUUGGAGAAUACAUCCGACGCAUCACCACUGUGCCCCUCCCAUCUGCUCCCAACGUUCCCAUCAUUGACUAUGAGGUUUGCAUCUCAGGCGAGUGGCAGUCCUGGCAGGGCAAAGUGCCCCAGAUCGAGGUGGAAACCCACAAGGUGGCGUCUCCGGACGUCGUGGUUCCGACGCUGGACACGGUCCGCCAUGAAGCCUUGCUUUACACGUGGCUGGCAGAACACAAGCCGCUGGUUCUGUGUGGACCUCCAGGUUCUGGAAAGACCAUGACGUUGUUCAGCGCCCUCAGGGCUCUGCCUGACAUGGAGGUUGUUGGUCUGAACUUCUCCAGCGCCACGACCCCGGAGCUGCUGCUGAAGACCUUCGACCAUUACUGCGAGUACCGGCGGACGCCCAACGGCGUGGUGCUGGCCCCGGUCCAGCUGGGCAAGUGGCUGGUUCUGUUCUGCGACGAGAUCAACCUGCCGGACAUGGACAAGUACGGCACGCAGAGAGUCAUCUCCUUCCUCAGACAGAUGGUGGAACAUGGAGGCUUCUAUCGCACUUCAGACCAGACCUGGGUGAAACUGGAGCGGAUUCAGUUCGUCGGAGCCUGUAAUCCUCCCACUGAUCCCGGCCGAAAGCCGCUCACACACAGGUUCCUGCGCCACGUUCCGGUGGUGUACGUGGAUUACCCCGGCCCCGCCUCCCUCACCCAGAUUUACGGGACCUUCAACCGCGCCAUGCUGCGCCUCAUCCCGUCUCUACGGACCUACGCCGAGCCGCUGACCGCUGCCAUGGUGGAGUUCUACACCAUGUCUCAGGAGCGCUUCACCCAGGACAUUCAGCCACACUACAUCUACUCCCCCAGAGAGAUGACCCGCUGGGUGCGGGGCAUCUUUGAGGCGCUGCGCCCUCUGGAGACCCUGCCAGUGGAGGGGCUCAUCCGGAUCUGGGCUCACGAGGGGCUGCGUCUCUUCCAGGACAGACUUGUAGGUGACGAUGAGAGAAGAUGGACGGAUGAAAACAUCGACAUGGUGGCUCUCAAACAUUUCCCCAACAUUGAUAAGGAGAAAGCUCUGAACAGGCCUAUUCUCUACAGCAACUGGCUCUCCAAGGACUACAUCCCCGUUGAGCAGGAGGAACUCAGAGACUACGUGAAAGCCCGUCUGAAGGUUUUCUAUGAGGAGGAGCUGGACGUCCCUCUGGUUCUGUUCAACGAGGUUCUGGACCACGUCCUUAGAAUUGACCGAAUCUUCCGGCAGCCUCAGGGUCAUCUGCUGUUGAUCGGAGUUAGCGGUGCCGGAAAGACGACGCUUUCCCGCUUCGUGGCUUGGAUGAACGGACUGAGCGUCUACCAGAUUAAGGUGCACAGGAAGUACACUGGGGAGGACUUUGAUGAAGACCUUCGCACAGUGCUGCGUCGCUCAGGGUGCAAGAAUGAGAAGAUCGCCUUCAUCAUGGAUGAGUCCAACGUCCUGGACUCUGGAUUCCUGGAGAGAAUGAACACGCUGCUAGCCAACGGAGAGGUUCCUGGUUUGUUUGAGGGAGAUGAAUAUGCCACGCUGAUGACUCAGUGCAAGGAAGGAGCCCAGAAGGAGGGGCUGAUGCUGGACACUCAUGAGGAGCUUUACAAGUGGUUCACCAGCCAGGUUAUCAGAAACCUGCACGUGGUUUUUACCAUGAACCCGUCGUCAGAGGGCCUGAAGGACCGGGCUGCCACGUCUCCUGCACUCUUCAACAGGUGCGUGUUGAACUGGUUUGGAGACUGGUCAACAGAGGCUCUUUACCAGGUGGGUAAGGAGUUCACCAGCAAGAUGGACCUGGAGAAGCCCAACUACAAGGUUCCAGACUACAUGCCCAUCGUCUACGACAAACUGCCGCAGCCGCCGUCCCACCGCGAGGCCAUCGUCAACGGCUGUGUGUUCGUUCAUCAAACUCUUCAUCAGGCUAACAAUCGCCUGGCGAAGCGCGGCGGUCACACCAUGGCCAUCACUCCUCGCCACUACCUGGACUUCAUCAACCAGUAUGCUAACCUGUUCAACGAGAAGCGCAGCGAGUUGGAGGAGCAGCAGAUGCAUCUCAACGUCGGCCUUCGCAAGAUCAAGGAGACUGUGGAUCAGGUGGAGGAGCUUCGCCGUGAUCUGAGAAUCAAGAGCCAGGAGCUGGAGGCAAAGAACGCAGCUGCUAACGACAAGCUGAAGAAGAUGGUCAAAGACCAGCAGGAGGCCGAGAAGAAAAAGGUGAUGAGCCAGGAGAUCCAGGAAGCAGUUUACAAGCAACAGGAAGUGAUCAAAGACAAGCAGCUGAGCGUCAAGCAGGACCUGGACCAGGUGGAACCCGCCGUCAUCGAGGCCCAGAAUGCUGUAAAGUCUAUAAAGAAGCAGCACCUGGUGGAGGUGCGGUCCAUGGCCAACCCCCCCGCCGCCGUGAAGCUGGCUCUGGAGUCCAUCUGCCUGCUGCUGGGGGAGAGCACCACGGACUGGAAGCAGAUCCGCUCCAUCAUCAUGAGGGAGAACUUCAUCCCCACCAUCGUUAACUUUGAAGCUGAAGAAAUCAGUGACUCCAUCCGUGAGAAGAUGAAGAAGAACUACCUGUCCAACCCGAGCUACAACUACGACCAGGUCAACAGAGCGUCUCUGGCCUGUGGACCCAUGGUGAAAUGGGCCAUUGCUCAGCUUAACUACGCGGACAUGCUGAAACGAGUGGAGCCUCUGCGUAACGAGCUGCAGAAGCUGGAAGACGACGCAAAGGACAACAAGACGAAGGCGGAGGAGGUGGAGCAGAUGAUCAGGGACCUGGAGGCGAGCAUCGCCCGCUACAAGGAGGAGUACGCCGUGCUCAUCUCAGAGGCCCAGGCCAUCAAAGCCGACCUGGCCGCCGUCGAAGCAAAGGUGAACCGCAGCACAGCGUUGCUGAAGAGUCUUUCUGCUGAAAGGGAGCGCUGGGAGAAAACCAGUGAGACGUUCAAGAACCAGAUGUCCACCAUCGCCGGAGACUGCCUGCUGUCUGCGGCCUUCAUCACGUACGCCGGCUACUUUGAGCAGCAGAUGAGGCAGAACUUGUUCACCACUUGGUCUCAUCACCUGCAGCAGGCCAACAUCCAGUUCCGCACCGACAUCGCGAGGACGGAGUAUCUGUCCAACGCAGACGAGCGUCUACGCUGGCAGGCCAACUCGCUGCCUGCUGACGACCUCUGCACCGAGAACGCCAUCAUGCUCAAACGCUUCAACAGGUACCCUCUGAUUAUCGACCCGUCGGGCCAAGCUACAGAGUUCAUCAUGAACGAGUACAAGGACCGCAAGAUCACCAGAACCAGCUUCCUGGACGACGCCUUCAGGAAGAACCUGGAGAGCGCUUUGCGUUUCGGAAACCCGCUGCUGGUCCAGGACGUGGAGAGCUACGACCCGAUCCUGAACCCGGUGCUGAACAGAGAGGUGCGCCGGACCGGAGGGCGCGUCCUCAUCACCCUGGGAGACCAGGACAUCGAUCUGUCUCCGUCGUUUGUAAUCUUCCUGUCCACACGAGACCCAACGGUGGAGUUUCCUCCAGACUUGUGCUCUCGGGUUACGUUUGUGAACUUCACGGUGACGCGCAGCAGCCUGCAGAGCCAGUGUCUGAACGAGGUGCUGAAGGCCGAGCGGCCCGACGUCGACGAGAAACGCUCGGAUCUCCUGAAACUGCAGGGUGAGUUCCAGCUGCGUCUCCGUCAGCUGGAGAAAUCCCUCCUCCAGGCUCUAAACGAGGUCAAAGGUCGCAUCCUGGACGACGACACCAUCAUCACCACCCUGGAGAACCUGAAGAAGGAGGCGGCCGAGGUGACCAGGAAGGUGGAGGAGACAGACAUCGUGAUGGCGGAGGUGGAGGCGGUGUCCCAGCAGUACCUGUCGCUGUCCUCCGCCUGCAGCAGCAUCUACUUCACCAUGGAGGCUCUGAACCAGAUGCACUUCCUGUACCAGUACUCGCUCCACUUCUUCCUGGACACGUACCACACCGUGCUGUACGAGAACGCCAACCUGAAGAGCAUCAGCGACCAUUCCCAGAGGCUGGCGCUCAUCACCAAGGAUCUGUUCCAGGUGGUGUUCAACAGAGUGGCCAGAGGCAUGCUGCACCAGGACCACAUCACCUUCGCCAUGCUGCUGGCCAAGAUCAGCCUGAAGGGCAUGACCAGUGAGCCGUCGUACGACGCAGAGUUCCAGCACUUCCUGCGUGGAAAGGAGAUCGUCCUGACGGGAACGCCGCUGCCCAAGGUCAAAGUUCUGACCUCUGAGCAAUGCGAGGCCAUGGUCCGCCUCAGCCGCCUGCCGGCCUUCAAGGACCUGGUAGCCAAAGUUGAAGCUGAUGAGCAAUUCUUCAUGUGGAUCCAGAGCAACACUCCAGAGCUGGCCGUUCCUUAUCUGUGGUCGGAGGAGAAGCAGUCGACUCCCAUCGGUCAGGCCGUCCACAUGCUGCUGCUGAUCCACACCUUCCGGCCCGACCGCCUGCUGGCCAUGUCCCACAUCUUCGUCUCUAAAGUCCUGGGAGAAACCUUCAUGAACAUCAUCGAGCAGCCGCUGGACCUGGGCAACAUCGUGGACAGCGAGGUGAAGCCCAGCACUCCGGUUCUGAUGUGUUCUGUCCCGGGUUACGAUGCCAGCGGAUUGGUCAGAGAUCUGGCUGCUGAGCAGAACAAGCAGAUCACCUCCGUCUCCAUCGGUUCAGCUGAAGGCUUCAACAAGGCCGACAGAGACAUCAACACGGCCGUCAAGUCUGGCAGGUGGGUGAUGCUGGAGAACGUUCACCUGGCCCCCGGCUGGCUGAUGCAACUGGAGAAGAAGCUUCACUCCAUGCAGCCGCAUUCCAGCUUCAGGCUGUUCCUCACCAUGGAGAUCAACCCCAAGGUUCCGGUCAAUCUGCUCCGUGCCGGCCGUAUCUUCGUGUUUGAGCCGCCGCCCGGCGUCAAAGCCAACAUGCUGCGGACCUUCAGCAGCAUCCCGGUGGCGCGCAUGUGCAAGGCUCCCAACGAGCGCGCGCGCCUCUACUUCCUCCUGGCCUGGUUCCACGCCAUCAUCCAGGAGCGGCUGCGCUACGCGCCACUCGGCUGGUCCAAGAAGUAUGAGUUCGGCGAGUCGGACCUCCGCUCCGCUUGCGACACCAUCGACACCUGGCUGGACGACACCGCCAAGGGUCGUCAGAACAUCGCUCCAGAUAAAAUCCCCUGGGCGGCGCUGAAGACCCUCAUGGCCCAGUCCAUCUACGGCGGCCGCAUCGACAACGAGUUCGACCAGCGGCUGCUCAUCACCUUCCUGGAGCGAAUCUUCACCAAGGGAAGCUUCGACAGCGAGUUCAAGCUGGCGCUGAAGGUCGACGGGCAGAAGGACAUCAAAAUGCCCGACGGCAUCAGGCGCGAAGAGUUUAUGCACUGGGUGGAGAUGCUGCCGGACACGCAGACGCCAUCUUGGCUGGGACUGCCCAGUAACGCAGAGAAGGUCCUGCUCACCACUCAGGGCACUGACAUGAUGGGUAAGAUGCUGAAAAUGCAGAUGUUGGAGGAUGAGGAUGACCUGGCUUAUGAGACGGAGAAGAAGGAGCGAACGUCGUCCACGUCCGACACCCAGCCGGCCUGGAUGCGGACGCUCCACAGCACCGCCUGCAACUGGCUGCAGCUCAUGCCGCAGACGGUCAAUCCGCUCAAACGCACCGUGGAAAACAUCAAGGACCCGCUGUUCCGUUUCUUCGAGCGCGAGGUGAAGAUGGGCGGCAAGAUGCUGCAGGAGGUCCGUCAGGAUCUGACCGACGUCGUCGGCGUCUGUGAGGGGAAGAAGAAGCAGACCAACGACCUGCGCACGCUCAUCAGCGACCUCGUUAAAGGAAUCCUCCCCCGCAGCUGGUGCCGCUACACCGUCCCGACCUCCAUGACCGUCAUCCAGUGGGUGUCGGACUUCAGCGAGAGGAUCAAGCAGCUGCAGCAGAUCUCCCAGGCAGCGGCCAGCGGGGGCGCCAAAGAGCUGAAGAACAUCCAUGUGUGCCUGGGCAGCCUGUUUGUGCCAGAGGCGUACAUUACCGCCACUCGCCAGUAUGUGGCGCAAGCCAACAGCUGGUCUCUGGAGGAGCUGUUCCUGGAGGUCAACGUCACGACGGCGCAGGGCGCUUCGCUCGACGCCUGCAGCUUCGGCAUCAAAGGUCUGAAGCUGCAGGGCGCCACCUGCGCCAACAACAAGCUGUCUCUGUCCACCUCCAUCUCCACCGAGCUGCCGCUCACGCAGCUCCACUGGCUGAAGCAGAGCAGCGCCGAGAGCAGACACAUGGUGACGCUUCCCGUGUAUCUGAACUUCACCAGAACCGACCUGAUCUUCACCGUGGACUUCGACAUCGCCACCAAGGAGGAUCCGCACAGCUUCUACGAGCGAGGCGUCGCCAUUCUCUGCACCGAAUAAUUUCAUCCUAAAAGUCCUGAUCAUAUAAUUAUUACGCUCUAGUUAAUCACUUUAAUUACUCAUUUAGUCGCUGUAGUCGUAUUGUGUUGCGUUGGAAAUGCUGGAGGAGCCGCUGUGCUUCGUUCGUACGGUUUUCUGGAAAGUGGCUGAAGGUGAAGGAGGAUGUCGUCAGAUGGUAAAACUGGGAAGGAAAUGAAAUUUGGGGAAAGAAAGUAGGAAACGUUUUAGAGAGGAUGUUUUUAGACUGAAUAAAGCUUUCUUGCAUUGGAAUGAAAAAACUGUUUGUCUUGUUAAUGAGCAAGAGAUAAAAUCUUCAAUAACUUUGUUCACACAACACUUAAGAUAUCUGUAGGAAAAACAUGAAAAACUUAUUUUAUGUAUGUUUUCAAGUUAUAAAAUGUUCAAAUUUAAAUUUAGCUGGGAACCAGAUGGGAUUUUCUGACAAAACAAACUAGUUUAAAAACUCCCAGUACAUUCACCCAACCCCAACCAGUUACUGUCCAGUUCAGUUAGAAAUUAGUGCAACAAAUUAAUUGAGCUGCUGUGGAAAUAUUAACAUAAUUAUGUCCUGAAGCUGCACCAGUAAGUUGUUAAACCAUAAAGAAACGCUGCCACCUACUGGGUGGGAUUAGCAAAUCUUAAUCUUCCUAAAACAAUGGCCUAAAGAAUUGUCAAGUUAUUUUUGCAAUAAAAAAUAAAUUGUAUUUUAUUGCAAAAAAUUUAAAUAAAAGGCGAGUUUAGCCUCCAACAUCCAAUAAUCUCAUCUUUAUAGUAAAACUUUAAUCUGUUACUGUAGCAACAUGAUCACUCUUUAGAAAAUGUAAACAAAUGAAACCUUUAAUCUGAUCACAUGUCAGAAUAGAUAUCCCACGUUUUUAAAAACAAAACAAAAACUGAAGCCUUUCUUUUCUUUUAAUUUAUGCUGAUCAGAGAUUAUUGAACAGCCCUGCUUCCUAAACUCCAUAACCUGGGCUUUGACUAGGCUCAUAUCUCCAUUUUUCAGCCAGUCCUGGGUGGAUUCACGGAUGUGUUUUGGGUUUUGAUGCAGCAGCCAGUUCUGGUCCAGUUGAAAUGUUUUUCUGAUUUCCAUUGUUUCUAUUAAAUAAAAGGGGCCAAAGUGGAACCCUGGGGUACUC